AUGGUCUGCAAAAAAUUCGUCCUCUGCUUCGACGGCACAGGCAACAAAUUCGCCGGCGAUGGCUCCGACACCAACCUCCUCAAAAUCUACCGCAUGCUCGAUCGUACCCAAACCCACCAAUACCACUACUACCAGCCCGGCAUAGGCACGUACAUCACCUCGCACUCCUUCGACAGCACCGGCCCGUUCCGCCGUGUGCAAUCGGCGUAUACAAAAGCCAAAGAUGCUGCGAUCGGGUCCUCCUUCGACCAACAUGUACUCGGUGGAUACAAAUUUCUGAUGCGGUUCUAUUCCCCCGGCGACGAGAUAUAUUUUUUCGGGUUUAGUCGGGGCUCUUACACGGCACGGUUUCUGGCGGAAAUGCUGGAUUGUAUCGGGCUGCUUCAGCCGGGGAAUGAAGAGCUGAUUCGGUUUGCGUGGAAGACGUUUGCAAAGUGGGAUAUGAGAGGGGAUAGCAUGGAUGAUGGGGAGAAAAGUAAAUUGGUAGCGUAUAUGAGGGCGUUUCGGGAGACGUUUAGUAGACCUGUGACUCGGGUGAAGUUUAUGGGCUUGUUUGAUACGGUGAAUAGCGUGCCCAUGUUUGAGAAUGCGUGGAUGGAUCGGAGGGGGUAUUCGUCUUUUGUACAGAGUUCGGCGAGGACGAUUCGGCAUGCAGUGUCGAUCGAUGAGCGGAGGGCCAAGUUUCGGCAGGAUUUGAUUUCGAUGAAGAAGGGGCAUGGGGGGUUGUGUGAGGAUAAAGCAGAUAUGAAGGCAUUGCAUCCUGGGCGAUACCGUCCUGGUCGUGAAGAUGAGGACGAGCAGGAUGCGUCUGAGGUGUGGUUUGCGGGACAGCAUGGCGAUGUUGGCGGUGGUUGGAAGCUCAACUCGAACGAUCCAUGGCCGUUGAGCCAUAUUCCACUCGCCUGGAUGGUGAAGGAAGCACAGACUGCCGGAGUCGAGUUUGACACGAUGAAGCUAAAGUACUUCAACUGCGAUGAGGAUAGCACCAGCUACAGUGGUACACUUGAGGAUACGAUGAAAAACGGCAUCGUUCACGAUUGCCUCACCUACGGCGGUGGGGUAUCAGCCUUAUCGACGCUCUCCUGGCGACUGAUGGAAUACAUCCCCUUUCGGCGAAUGGAUUUGCAGCCGGACGGGACGUGGAAAGCUAUUCGGUGGCCUCUUCCUGGGGGAGAAGUGCGUGAUAUGCCGCAUGGGGCUGAAAUCCAUGGUUCAGUUAUUCAUAGGAUGCAGAUUGACGAAAAGUAUCGACCGGGGAAUCUCAUAGUAGGGGGUGGUGGGAGAGGCGUGAAGAAAGCAGAGGAGAAAGAUGGGAUUGGAGAAUGGGUGGUGUGUAACUAUAAGGGAGACGCAGUAAGAGAGACUUAUGUUAGACGUUCUUGA